AUGGAUAUAAUGAAUAUUGCAUUAAUAAGAUCAACAAUUAUUAAAAAAAUUCAUUCAUGUCGUGAUAUAGGAAAUCUUUCAAGAACGUGUAAAUUGAUAAAAUUUUAUAUAGAUAAAGAAAAAAUAAAUAAAAAAAUGUUAUGUUAUGAAGAUUUUCAAAGUGUAGGAAGUAAAUUUAAAGAAAAUUUUACAGAUGAAAUAAUUGAAGAUGAAGUUAUGAAUAAUGUAAGACAAUUUCCUGGAGAACCUGUUCUUUUUAAAAAUCGUGUUGUUUUAUACCUUAAUGAUUCUUUAGAAACAUUUAGAGAAAGUGAACAUGAAUUAUUUUUAAAAAAGUUAUUAGAAGAAGUAAAUAUGGGUGAUAAAUUACGUGAAGAUGCUGAAAUUCUUGAAUUAUUAACAUAUUUUCCUGGUAAUGAAUAUUUAGCAUUAGAUUUAUUAAAAUAUAUAAAACAUGAUAAAAUUAGAAUUAUACAAAUUGCAUUAGAUGCUUUUGUAUCAUCUAGAGAUCAAUAUAGAAAAUUAAAUUAUGAUAUUUUUAAUGGUCUUCCACAAUUUCAUGAAUUAGCUAUAUAUGAUCCAUCUACAGAUGAAGAUUAUAAUGAAAUUAUGGAAAGUAAAGAGAUUGUUGAAGAGAUAAUAAAACUUUUAUCAAAAAGAAGAAAUGCUACAUUAGAUUUACUUGGUUUAUUUUGGGAAACUGAAUUAACUGAUUUUAUAAUAAUGCUUUUUGAGAUGGCAACAAAAUAUAAAAUAAAAAUAAAAUACAGAUUUGAUAAUUAUUAUUUAUUUGAUGGUUCACGUAACAUUUUUUCUAAUUUUUUAUAUUUUAAUUCUCCAAUAAGUGAAUGUGCUGGAUAUAUUAUUAUUACAAUUUCUUGUGGUGAACAAUUUUGUAAUGUUAUAGAAAAUUUAAAACUUUUUAAAAAUUUAGAAAAAUUACAAAUAAAAUUUGGUUUAUUUGAUAUAAAAGAAUUUGUUACAAAAACAGGAAAAUUUAAUUCUUCAAAUUUAACUCUUAAAAAUUGUAAAAAAUUAAAAACAAUUAGAUUUGAAAGUCAAUUCACUUAUGUUGAUUAUACUGAUGAUGAUCAAUUUUUAUCAAUAGUUUGUGAUAAUUUAAUGUAUUUAAGUUCAUUAAUGCCAUCAACUGUUGAAAGAUUAGAAUUAAAUAAUUGUUGGAGUAUUACUAAAGAAACAACAAUGAUAUUAAGUGAAUAUAUGCCAAAUAUAAAAUUUAUAAUAGGCGAAUUAGUAACAUAUAAAGAUCCAGAUUGCCUUAAUGUUUUUUCUAAUUUACAAGCUUAUGUAUCACAUGUAAAUGAUCCUAUUGAAAUACCAAAAACUGUAAAACUUCUUGUAAUUGGUCAUAGAGAUAUUAAAGAUGAUGAUCGUCCUAUUGCUCAACAACUUUUAAAAAAUUAUUAUCAAAGAUUUUCAAAAUGUCUUUAUAAUACAAAAGAAGAAUAUAUAUUUUUUAAUAAUAUCAGAUGUUGGGAUACUUAUAAAAAUUUUGUUCAAGAAUCAUUUCAUGAACAAUAUGGACCAUAUGGUGAUUAA